AUGCCAUACGUAAUAUUGCCUUCAGAAACUGCAAGGCUUGUAUAUGGGUACCUUGUUAAAGAAAAUUUACAUGAUAUUGCUCUGCAGUUUUUAGAAAGCUCUCCUUACUUAACAGAUUGUUAUCAAGUUGUAAAAAAUGGAUUUCAGUUUAAUACAAAAUUAAUGGGUAAAGAAUUACAAGAUUUAUUACAAGAAUUUUCAGUGAUUCACAUUAAUCAUAAAGUUAGUUUAAUUUGUAAAACAUCAUUACUAUAUAAGAGAAUAAAAUUAAAAUGUGAAAGUCUUUCUGAAAUAUUAGAGCUCAUAUUAUUUUGGAAGUACAAAAAUGUAAAAGGUAAUGAUAAGUCAGUGUGUGACGAAAAAAAUGCAGCCAAUUUUUUAGCGAAUGUUAAUGGUAAAUUAAAAAGUAGUUGUGAAAGUAUUAAUAAUAAAAUAGUUAAUGAAAACAUUAAUGGAAAUACAUUGGGAAGUGAGGACUCUUGUUUUAUCGAUAAAACCAAUAUUAAUUCAUUGCCUAAUAGUAAUAGUAAUAAUUCCAUAUUGGAAAGUUUUCAAUCUAAAGUUUUAAACGAAUCAAGUUCUAAAAACAAAGAUGUAGCAAGUGAAGAAGUUGAAAAUGAAAUUCAUGAAAUACAAAAAAACUUAAAUCAAAAUAGCUCACCUGAAUGUUUACCAAUGCAAGUAUUAGUUGAAGGUUCAGAAAUUCCAGAUGAAUUUAAUAAAAAUUCUAAUGAAAAAAAUUGUGCACACGAAAAUGAAAUUGCCACAAAUGGAAGGAAUGAAAAUUGCACAGAAUCUAUAUCAAAUUCGAAUGGACAUCACAUGUCUGAAUUGUGCCUACAUUCAGAUGUUUUAGCUAUGGAUAUGAGUUCUGAAAACAAAGAAUUAAUGCCUAAUCAAUCAACAGGUACACCUUUAAAAGAUGGUAUUAAUUUUGAAAACAAUACCAAGUUAGAUCAUGCAGAAAAAGAAAAUCAAAAUCUUGCCCUUGAUCCUUUUGCCGUAUCAAACAAUUCAAACCAACAGAAUGAAAAUGUUUCACUUAAAAAUAGCUCUGUAGUAUUUGUAAGCUCAGAUGUUGGAAAUGUGGCCAUAGAUCAAGAUAGAAAUCAAAUAAUAGUUAUUCCUCUUGAUUAUUAUAAAUCUCAAAAUGCUAUACAAAAUCAAGUAGGCAUGGUAAAUACUCAAAAAAAUGAUUUUUUUAAUUCAAAAGAAAUAACACAAGACAAAAAAAAUGAAAUGGUUUUUGAAGGUAUAACAGAUGAUGUAAACACUUGUAAUUCAGUAAAUCAGUUAUUUAGUGAAAAAAUAAUUAAACCUUUAUCAAUUGAUGAAAACAUCAUGACUGAAAGUGAUUUUUUUGGAAACAAGGAAUUAAUGUAUAAUUUAGAAAAAGAAUUUACUGCAUCUACUACUACUGCUACAGAAACUCAACCGGUAGAAAUUCAAAACGAUAAUAUUUCAAUAUCGACAAUACAAACUCCGUUAAUAUUAUUAUCACAGACUGUCGUUCCCACUAAAUCUCGAUUUCGUUCGAUUUUACCUAAAAAAAGUAAAGUUUCUUUACCCCCAGUCGUAUCAGUUCAGCCUUUAUUAGAAAAAAAACAAAGUUUAGUUCCAUUGGUUCAAAACUCCAAAGAAAACUUAAUUCAAAGUUCAGGAAAUCUUGAUAUGCCAUCCAUUAAAACUCCGACUUUGAGUAAAGAAGACUGCGAAAUUAGUAAUUCAGAAGAGAAUGAUAAAACUUUGAUCCCGAAAGAAUCGUUGGAUAAAGACAAAGAAAUUAAUGAAGAAAAAGAAAAUGCUAAAAAACUUGAAGCAGAAAAAACUGAAACUCCUAUGAUUGUAACAAGAAGAAAUUCAAAAAGACUGAGCUUAAGUACUCCUAGAAGGAAAAGUCAUAUCAGAGCAUUAGAAUUUGAAACUCCUCCAAGAAAGAAGCGGGAAAAAAAAUCAAGGACAUCUCCAAAAGCUCAGGUUGAACCAAGAGUGUUGAAUCGAAGAAGUGUCCGCAACACUCUUUUUAAUUCGCCAAUUUUUGAAAAUUCUUUGAAAUCUCCGGAAAAAAGUAAAGAAGUCAAAAAAAACGAUUCACAGGAAAAUAUAAAAACCCCUGGAACUUCAUUGUGUUCUUUAAAUGAAUUAUCCAUACCGAUUGCCACCAGGAGUCCUAAUUCAAAACCAAGUGAUGUUUGGGAAAAUUUAACCGGAGUGGGUUGUGUAAUAGGACAAUCUAAAAACUCAAAUACGAAUCCCCCGAAAAAAAUGUGGGAUGCGGAUCUAAGAGGUUUCAUAACGAAUAAUAAUAACACAGACGCGUAUCCAGCGGCAAAAAAGAAAAUUCGUAAACCGAAUAAAAUUCAAAAAAGCAAUCGAAAGAAUCUUAGAAAAAAAGCAAUCACAGCCAAAAAACCCACGACAUUGUCUCCGUCAAAGAUAAGUCUGACUGCUAAACGAAAUACUUAUUCUAUUAACGGAAAUGAAGAUGGUUCACUUCUUCCGUCGGUUCUUGACGACCUGAAAAUAGUCACGCCGUUUAAAGACAACGAGGGAAUCAGACCAAUUGAAGAAACGCCUUUAACUAAAUUGUUAAGGGAGAACAUAAGUACCAUCGAUGUCGAUUUAAGCAUGAUAAACACGCCUAGUUUUCCGCCCACGCCCAGUAUUGUGAUAACUCCAGAUUUGGAAGAUAUUUCCCUGAUAUCCGCAACAAAUUAUUAUUCUCCGUCCAAAGACUUCUCCAAAGAUCAAGUUGUUAAAAUCACGGAUUAUAUUAGAGUGGACGCUGAAAAAGAUAAAACCGAUACGAAAGAAAUGCACAAAAAAGUCAUCGAUGAUCUCGUAACAAAAGCAAAAGAAAUAAUAGGUAUCGGAAAAGAAAAUCAAGAGGAUAAUAGUUUGAAAAGACGGCCGAGUGGGAAAAUAUUAAGCAUGGUCAAGAUUCAAAUGCUCACGCAAUGCGAUAAAAAACUUUGCGAAAAUAUACCGAUAAAAGAAGAUGCGAAUUUUACCAACAGUUACACAAAUUUAACGAAUUGCUUGCGAUCCACAACGAGCGAAGAAGUAACGAAAUCGGAUUUAAAAGAAGAAUUGGAAGAAAAAAGAAAACGUGCAUUGCAAAAAAUAAAAGUCGUCAAAGAAAAUCUCAGUCAAAUGACUAAAAAUAAAGUGACGAGAAGAUGUAGGAAAGAACGAGGAUCAAAAUCGGAUUUGUCUUGUGACACGUCAGAAGAAAAGCAGGCUAGUUUUGGUUCGGAUGAAAGCGUUCGAAAGGAAAUCGAAGUUUUUCACAGCACUCCAUACGAUAAAUCGAAAUCCGGUAACUCGGAUAUAAAAAACGAGUCGAAUUCGAAAUCUUGCGAUGAUAAUUUAUACGAAAUUAUAAAAGAAUUUCCAAAAUUCGAAAACGAUCCGGCAAAAUUUUCUGGACUCACGGAAAAAAGCAAGAAAAAACUUCACUACGUUGAAAAUUUUUUAAAACUCGACGAAAUAUCGAAAUAUGUAAGAGAUUUUAACGAAUCGGAUCCGAAAGAAUUAUUUUUAAAGCCGUCAUUUAGAAGUUUUUUUCAAAUUUUUUACAAAUGGUUAAAACAUCCGCACAAACACGAAUUAAAUUCAUCAACGGAAGCGAAAAACUUAUUUGAAAAAUAUUUGGGAGAUUUCAAUAAAGUUCGCGCGGGUUUGAAUCAAAGAAAUAAAAAAAUUAAAAAAAGUUCGAAAAUGGAUAAGGAGGAGGAGGGCGACGAAAGGGUAUUGAAUUCUCACGAAGAACCGGGUACUAAUUACGAAACCAGAUCUCACUUUCUGUCGGAAGACGAUGAAAAAAUGGAAAAAAUAAGGGAAGCGGAUAAGAAAAAAGAUGAAGAUACGGAAGAUGGAUUCAUGUCAAUAUUACCUUUGAAAAAACGAAAAUCGACCGUUCAACAACAACAACAACAGGUUGCCGUCGUAACGGAAAAAAAGAAUGGUAAAAAUACGGAAAACGUUUCUCAAACGCAAAAUUUUCUACAAGAUAUCGACGUCGACAGGUUUUUAUCACAAAUUCACGGUCAAGGUUGCAGGUAG